UCGGCCCUUACACCACAUCGUCAGCGCAAAUUGUGCCAGUACCGUCCGGUAACCUUUCACCUCCACUACGUAACGUGGUGUGGCCCCAUUGUCCGGCUGUGGUACCUAGAUGCAGCUCUGUUCGGCUGCUCCCGACGAUUUGACACUCGAGAUAUCGGGGACCAGAUAGAGAUCGUGAAGAUCAUACGCCUCUUAUGUCUGGAGGAACAUGCGGCGCUCCUGACUCAGCGCUGGGAUGUAGCGGCGGAGACCGCCUUCAGCAUCAAGGCUAAUGAAGCAGCUCGUAUCAAAGCCCACACGUGGUCUGUUAGACAAGGCCUGCGACCGCUCGACAUACGUCCUGGACCUUUUCGAAGCCGUACUGCAGUCUUCGCAGAUUCAGACGGAGACAGCAACAGUGGUGGAAAGGUGACGGUGAUCAAAGUCUCGUGGGUAACUUCACGUCUAGUCACGCAUGAACUGGUAAUGCUGUCAUGUAUCUAUGAAGAAUUGAAGUCAGAGCUGCCACUCAUUCCGGAACCGAUUGGUACAGCAGAUAUUCCUGCUGGCUUCCAGGAUACGACCUCGGAGAGGACGACGCAAGGUUCUGAAGGAUUUCCUGCUCGCACUGUCAGCGUCUUGGUGACCAGGCAGUGUCUGGGCGAUCAUAUCGGAAGCCAGGUCUCACAACACGAUCUGGUAGACAUCCACGCGCAGCUUGCAUAUCAGCUGCUCAUCUUUGCAGGACGGGAAUAUCAUUACAGAGAUCUGAAUGAUGGUAACAUUCGCAUCCUUCGCGGAAGCGACAACACCCUUCUGAUUGUAGACUUCGGAAACGUACGCAAGAAUCUGAGCGCACGAGGAGAUGCAGCAACGCCAGACGCCGAAGCGACGAUAGAUCGAGCUGCCGACGACUCUCGCUCAGCCACCCUCGAGUUUCUACCUGUCUGUUCUUCUGACGCCGAAAAGGGUGUUCGACAGUGGAAUGCUAAGAUAGACAACUUGAUCAGGGAAGUCUCUGAGCUUGCUGGCAUCACCAGAGCGACUCGCCUUCGACAGGCACGACAAGCUAUCUUGAAUAAGCUUCCUACUCUUCGCGACUCCUUGCGUAAAGCUUCUGUGAACAGUCAUCGUUACAUAGACGACCUGGAGAGUGCAGCAUACCUCCAGCUGUGGCAGGUGAGUGAGCUCAGCAUCCCAAGCAAAUGCUGAACCAAGCCCUGAUUUGCUCUGUUUCUCCCUCGCUCUUCUUCCGCAUGGAAACCCAUCCGCAGACUGCUCACAAAAUCGGGCUGACCCUGAAAGAGUCGCAGAGCCUGAGCAAAAUCU